GAUGGCAAAGAACAAAGACGACAUCAAGUACGCAACGGCUCAGGCGAAGCUGUCCGAAGACGAGCCAAUUCGAGUAAGUUACAAACAUGGGACACCAUUAGAGGGAGGCAAAAUCGUAGAAUCCGAGCCCGUGGAGCUGUUUUCAAGCGCUCAAUGUAUCGAAAAAGGAAAAGAUCAACCAGCCUCUGCCGCCGGCGAUCAGACACAGAAGCACCGUGACGUGGAAGAAAUCAGCAGAAAACGUACAGAUGAAAACUUUUCGUUAGAUUAACAAGUUGGAGUCAAGUUCUCUAUAUAUAUAUGUGUGUUUUUGUUGAUUUUGUAAAUAAAAUAAAAAUGCAUAGAGCAUGUUUUUGAUUAUUCAUCAAGCCGCUUAGAAGUUAAAAUCAUUACUUGAAUCAAAAACCACCAAAUAAACAAAACAUAUUCAAACCUCUGCCCUGUAUUAUAAAAAGAAACAUGUUCUACAAACGAUUGUUCCAACUUAAGAAGUAAAAACACAAACAUAGAGGUUCAAAGAAAAAUCGCAGAGAUUUGGGAUAAAGGCAAGACAGGCUACUUGGAUCUCUGUCUCAUCUUUCUUCGCUUCCUCUUCAGUCUCCUCAUGCGCUUCUUCUUCCA